GCAACAUUAGUGCUAGUGGCCGACCGAUUCAGUCAAACGUUUACUAGUUUAGUGCUACUUUCAUUUAUUGUUGGUCCUACUUACAUAUUUUAAACGCCACGUGCUUGGAACUCUUUUUUUUUCACAUCGAAAAAUUUGAAUGCAGUGGAAAAGUUGCGCUUAUCAUUUCUGAAUGAUAUUGUAAUCCGGUUGACUUUGAAACUGUUUAAAAAAGGAUAAGUUUUGUAAAUAUUAUUCUCCAAGUGCGUUUCGUAUGUGUGGGUCAGUGUUGUAGAGAUUUUAACGCCGGUACACGCAGCGAACCCUCUUUUCGCGUCUCUGGAAAACUUAGUGAGUGGUAGAUUGUUUUCAAAUGCGAGAUGAAGCGUAGAUGGUCUGGCCUGCAGGCCGUAAGAGUAACACCGGAGGAAAGCAGUUCGGAAGUGACUUCGUCUUCAGCAGUUCUUGUAAUGAGUCCGGCAAAUUCUUUGGCGUCGACCGACAUUGGUGAUGUGGACUUGGAAUUUUGGGAUUUAGACUUAAACGCCCAAAAUCAUGCACGCAAUCUGACAAUUGUGCAAAAUUGCUUCGGCAUACCCGGACAAACUGUUAUCGCCAAUACUCAUCACAUUAAACAAGAGACAAGUCCGAUGUCAGGUGAGUUGCAGCAGGCGACGAAUGCGGAACUUUUCUGGAAAUUUUGUCGCGAAGAUCUCUCACCCCCAAGUAGCCUGAACGGAUAUAGCGUGGACAGCUGCGAUGCGAAAAAGAAGAAAGGCCCAACACCACGGCAGCAAGAAGAACUCUGUCUUGUGUGCGGGGAUAGGGCAUCCGGAUACCAUUACAACGCUCUUACGUGCGAAGGAUGCAAAGGUUUCUUUAGGCGAAGUAUAACGAAAAACGCGGUGUACCAGUGCAAGUAUGGCAACAAUUGUGAAAUAGACAUGUACAUGAGGAGGAAAUGCCAGGAAUGUCGACUGAAAAAGUGCCUAAGUGUUGGUAUGAGACCGGAAUGCGUGGUUCCAGAAGUACAGUGCGCCGUCAAAAGAAAAGAGAAGAAAGCACAAAAGGAAAAGGAUAAACCGAACAGUACUACAAAUGGAUCUCCUGAUAUAAUCAAAAUUGAACCAGAGUUAAUGGACACCGAGAAACCACUACUGAUAAAUGGCAUCAAACCGAUCUCUCCCGAACAAGAAGAACUCAUACAUCGACUUGUUUACUUCCAAAACGAAUUCGAACACCCAUCAGACGACGAUGUGAAACGGAUAAUGAACCAACCGGUGGACGGAGAAGAUCAGUGUGACAUGCGGUUUAGGCAUAUUACUGAGAUCACCAUCUUAACUGUACAGUUAAUUGUAGAGUUUGCGAAACGCCUACCCGGUUUCGACAAACUGCUACGAGAGGAUCAAAUAGCGCUUUUGAAGGCGUGUUCCAGUGAAGUGAUGAUGUUUAGGAUGGCGAGACGGUACGACGCGCAAACCGACUCCAUUCUUUUCGUCAACAACCAACCGUACUCACGUGAUAGUUACACAUUGGCGGGAAUGGGCGAAACGAUCGAAGAUUUGUUGCAUUUCUGCCGAACUAUGUACUCGAUGAAAGUGGAUAAUGCGGAAUACGCAUUAUUGACGGCGAUCGUUAUAUUUUCAGAGAGGCCGUCGUUAAUCGAGGGAUGGAAGGUGGAGAAAAUCCAGGAGAUCUAUCUGGAAGCGUUGAAGGCGUACGUCGACAAUAGAAGGAAACCGAAGCCGAGCACCGUUUUCGCAAAGUUACUUUCGGUUUUAACAGAGUUACGGACGCUCGGUAAUCAAAAUUCGGAGAUGUGCUUCUCGUUAAAAUUGAAAAACAAGAAACUACCGCCGUUCCUCGCCGAAAUAUGGGAUGUGGAUAUGAGGACAUAGUAGAUGCAUCUCUCAGAUGUAGACCGGAAAUGCCGGGUGGGUGUGAUGGACGACGUGCAGUGCUUUACAUAUGAAACGGAGAUACAGUUGUUUGCUUUCUACAAAGAAGUACCACGAGCGAGAUUUUUCGUACGGUGUGUUAGCAUAUGCGAAGUCCGCCACCAAAUUGUUGGCUGUGAAAUAUUGUAUAAUAUACUUUUUUACUAACUGAAUGUUGAGACGGCAUCUAGAGAAUGUUAUUAUUGAGUAUAGAUUUAUUUAGAUAAUUGCGUAGAAGAUAGUGCUCGACUUGAAAGAUAUACGUAGCUUUUAUAAGCGUGUAUAAAUUACGCAUCGUUUUAUAUAUACUAUUAUACCAGGCGAUUUGCUUACUUAAGAUGUAAGACUGGAUUGGACUGAUAUAAACAGAGGUGCCUUCACGACACGCAUGGCUCACCAGACUGAGGGCAGGUGCAAAAUAGGACAGUGGCAUGAUAUCAAAAUGUUUGUUGAAGAAUUAGGAAAAUUUUUAAAUGAUCUGUCUAUAAAGUGCAAUUCUUCGUGGAAGAACAAAAAAUUUAGUGUUAGAAAUCUGUGAGAAAAUUGAAUCUUUCGGGGUGCAGUAAAGUCACAAAAAUUUAAAGAGGCAUUGCGAAGAAACUAUAUACAAGGAAGCAGCCGUCCGUAGUAUGUACAUAUUGGAAGUGACUCUGUCGGCAGUUUAUCUAAGGCAUGUGCACCAGUUACACUGGACAUCUGUCAUAGUUGCACUAAAAACUGUCCUGCCUUUACGAACUUUUUAAUGUUUUAACACAGUAACUCUUGGUGUGUAGUUCUUAGCUUCUCAUUUUGAUACUAUAUAGUUUUCUUCCUGCAAUAGUACUUCUGCUGCUAGAUACUACAUACAUAUAUAUACAAGAAAAAUAUACAUAUGUGCAUUUAAUAUGUUCAUAUUUCAUAUUUUCAUAAUUCAUUCGUGUAAGUAAUCAUAUUUUCGUAAAAGAGAGAGAGAUGUAUUUUUGUUGGACGCAGAAUUUAUUAUUCGCGCCAUUUAAUGCCUUAUAUCUGGGAAGCACUCAAUAUUUUUAACCGAGGGGUCAACCACCACACUGUUUUUAGCAUAGUUACUGUUGUCAAUUUUGUUUAAUUUGGUGUCUUUCAAAAUCCCGACAAAGGUUUGCAUGCCACUGAGAAAAUUAAUGGAUCUAUGCAUGUUUUUACUUAAAAUGGAUUGGCUGAUGGGUAAUGAACAAUAAUAGCUCUUGUACCCUCCUCUUGGUGCACAGAAUUUUUAAUUAAUGCACCUUCUGCAGUUCGUGUUUCAAAUUAGAAAAUUUAUACAGGGCUUCAAUUGUUUUGGGUGCUGUUACUGUUGACUACCGCAUCUUUGAUCAUUUCAAGACACGUGUUACAUGUAAACAACGACUACAUAUAUUCAGACGAAGCAGGUACAAAUGAAAAAUUCGUGUACAAAAUUUCAGGAGCUCACAAGUGCAUUAGAAUGUUUUAAUUACUUAAACCGGUGGACCCUUCCAAGUUCACUGCCAACAGGGGCUCUGUCUCUCUCAUACAUUACAUGUGGUAUCACCUUAUCUCUCAUUCAAGCGCAGGACUGUAGGUUGUUGAUGGACUCCGACGUUCAUUUACGAUUGACAGCCUUGUAAGUGUAUGUUAAACCUAUGCAGCCUUAAUCACGUUCGCCCCAAAAAUUUGUCAAAUUGUUUUCGAAUCCUCGAACAUGUUUUUCGUAAGCACAAAUCGAUGUAAUAAAUUCUUCUGCGAACACUGCCACGUUUGUUAGACUGCCACACAUUGUCAACAUUUCAACUGGUUAACGGCUGCACCGGUUGUCAUUUAUAAUAAAACAAGAACUGCUGUUACUUGUAUACACAUUAAAAAAAAUUCGUCGCGUUUUAUUAAUAAAACAUUUUGUAAUGAAUGUUGUGUAUACUUAUAUAUACACUAUAAUAUACCAAUUAAGUUUCGGCGCUAGAAUCGAUCCGAUUAUUAGAUUCUAGUGGGCAGAUUGUCUAAAACGAUCGAAAGCAAGUAACAGAAUGCACACGCUUACUGCAACAGAAAUCUUCGCAUUCUCUCACUUGUUUUUCAUUCUUUUACUUUAACAGACAAUUAACGGUCGACUCAAUUAUUGCGCCCGCAUAAUCUACUGUUAUCGAUGUCGGCUGACAACUGUCUGUUAACUUAAAGGAAAUUUAAUUCCUUUUAAGAGUGAAUUCAUACUGAUUUUAGAUUAAUGAAAAAGUGCAAUAUGUACAAAUUCUACUAAUUUACUUUUUUAUAUAUUAUUGGUUAUAAUUGAUUAUUAUUAAUUGAUACUGUGUGUUAAUUUUAUACUGAGCGAGCUAGUGGCAGUAUUAUGUAAGUUUCGAGCCGGCACGGUUUUAACGAUUCCCGUCUUGGUUCUGUACCAUCUCCCAUAUAUAUUUACACAGACAUGGUGAUUCUAUUUGAAACUAUAAAGAGACGUUUCACUUUUUCUUCAGUUUUAUAGAGGACUUUAUUUUAAUAUUACUGUAACGAUAGCGUCAAGUAGAAUAACCAUUCUUCAGACAAAUUACCUGCAAUUUGACCUUUAAAAAUAAGAGUGUUGUAAAGCAAUGAGAAUGUUUCGAUGAAUAUAUUUUGUGCAGUAAACAGUAAUUCGAUAGUU